GUUUCAUUUUAUCAUGGACAUUUUGUACUCCCAGUGGCCCUCCUCUACAACUGCUGUUUUACUCCCACACUGAGCUAAACUGACACUCCUUUACCCAGUUCCAUUCCCAGACAGCAGCACCUCAACUUCCAGUAACACAAGGUCCACAUUUUCUUCUUUCAUGUCAGGAAAACAGCAUUGACCUAUCAACAGAAAACAGCUCCACAACUUUCUCUCAUACUUGUUAACAGCUGAAUUUCCAGCAGGUAUGGAGAAGAGCCUCAAUAUUAAGUCAAAUCACAGGUCCAGGACAAUGCCACAGAAAGAGGGGGAGAGUGGAGCCCCAGCCCCUUCAAGAAGUCAACGCCAAAGGCCGCCCAAGGCAGGACGCCACACUGGAGCUCCAUCGGUCAGGAAGGAAAAGAGGCAGCUGGAGAAGUUAGAGACAAACCAGGAGAAGGUGGACUGGGAGAAGGAGGCAGAGGUUAAGCUGAAAUCUACUGUGGUAGACAUAGAUAGUGUUAGAGAUAAUGAGGUCCAGGAGGAAAACCUGGGAUCUUUGGAAGCAGCGGAGCAGGAGGAUGGUCUAAAGCGCCAGAACCUGGGGGCUUUUGAAUGGCUGCUGAUGGUGUUUGUCUUGACUCUGGUUCUCCUCUUCCUUCCUCUUUCCAUCUGGUUCUGUGUCAAAGUAAUCCGGGAGCAUGAAAGAGCUGUGAUCUUCAGACUUGGUCAUCUACUGCGGGGAAAACCAAACGGACCAGGCCUCCUUUUCUACCUUCCGCUUCUUGAUGUCUGUCACAAAGUUGACAUUCGGCUCCGGAUGUUGAAGGUUCCUCCUCACAUGGUGGUGACAAAGGACCUGGCAAGGCCAGAGCUGAGCGCUGUGUGUUAUUACCAGAUAGAGAACGUGGCUCUGUGCAGCGCAGCUCUAUCCAGCCUGAGCUCGGUGCUGCAGAGUCUGGUUCAGGCGGCCGUCAGAGACGUUUCUGCUCACCAUACUUUCAGUCACAUCCUGCUGCACAGGCGGAGUAUCGGAGAGCAGAUAAAGACAACUCUGGACUCUGUUACUUGCCGCUGGGGAAUCAGGGUGGAGAGAGCGGACAUAGAUGAGCUCAGUUUUCCUCUGGAGCUACAGCAGAGCAUGGCUGCAGAUGCUGAGGCUAAGAGACAACAGCAGGUCAGACAGGUAAAGGCAUCAGAAAGGGAGACAGCUGCCUGGGAAGGUUUUAGGGCCUCACUCCGUCAUCUCCACCCUGCCUUGGUUCUUCCUCUCCCUCCAGAUCUCCUCAGCAUGAACUCUGACUUGAACUCCCUCCCUCCACCUCCACCCCCUGCCAUGGAUGAAGACGGAGGGGUGACGAUGGCGGAGCCAGAGACAGACUCACCGAUGAUGUGACAAACUGAACAUUUCAUUCAUAUUUUUAUUAAAAUACUUAAGAUGAAUUGAUAGUAAUUUUAUCACAUCAGGUCAACAUGUUGUUUAAACUGUUAAAUAAAGCUGAAUGCAGAGAUUUGCAAGGUAAUAAAGAACUAUAUUACAAAGUUGAAGACCUUAUAGAAGGUAUAAUAUGUGACACUAUUAGGGAAGGAAUGGUCAGAAAGAAUCAUGAAAAUACUAAUAUCUAUAUAAAAACAGGGAAAACAAACACCAGAACAUGUGCAGACUAUUCUGUGCAAAAAUUGCAGUUUUUUCAUCUCUGAGAUUAAAUGUGUACAAAUCUGAGCCUCUAAUGUGCAUGAACUAUAAAUCUUCCUUAAAAAUAUUAUUAAUUUAUCUUCAAAAGACUAAAAGAUGAGUAUUGCACAUUAUUUAAACUUUAACAUUGUUUAAAAAAAUAGUUUAUGCAAUUGUUUAAAUAUUCAGACUCACUGUGAUAGAUCUUAUGCACAUCAUCAUAUUAUCUUGAUCACACUGGUGCAAUAUUACAAAAACGAAUUUUAAAUAUAUUUAGAAUUUUCAUUUUACUUUAUAAACAGUAAGGAACAAACUUUAUAAAGUGCAUAAACUUUAUUUUUUCAGAAUGAAGAAACGAUAUUUAAACCUUAUCCAUAGGGUUGAGAAAUGCCACAUUAAGCAAAUGCACAGCAUGAAUGGUAACACGAAGUUAGGUAAAUCCUUGUACAACAAUAAGGUGAUGAAAGAAAACUUUUUGAUAUUUUAAAUAUAUAAUACUCUGAGGCUAAUCAAUCAGCUUUUCUGUUUUCUCCAUCUAUUUUUACUCCUGUCACACUUUAAAACUUGCGGGUUGUAAACGAUGAUAUUUUUCUAUUUUGUCAAAUGCAACAAAAUAAAUGAGACUCAAACAUAAAUAUAGUCCCACAAGUUUAGACCACAUGCCAGAUCACCGUUUCUUAGUCUUUUUGGUGGGGCUGGCUGGCUUUGC